GCUUUCUAAUUUCUAUCAACAACCUUUCCACCCAUACGCCAUCAAUAGCCAGCCCAGUCGUGAGUUUCUCCACUGGAAAAAAGUUCAGAAUCCCGUUAUUCUUGCCGGAUCUCCGAAUAAGCUGUGUGAGUUUUUUUCCCCUGUUUUGGCUUCCUCCCAAUUAUUUAUAUCUUUCGCUGUAAAUCUUUAUAGUACAGUAGGAUUUAAGCAGAGUGUUUUUUCCUUUCUUUGCCCCGAGACCCUCUUUUUUCCCCGUUUCUGGGUACUGUUUAUAUGCUUUACUUAUAGCCCUUGUAGUCUCUCUGUUGUAACAGUGGCUGUAAUUCAUGUGAAAUUCAUAAUCCAAUAUUUUAUUGAGAAGCCGAAAAAAAAAAGAUUGUUUUUUUAUUCUAAUUCUAAUCAAUGAUAGAAAACAAUCGAUAAAGAGCAGAGUUUUGCAUGAUGGUUUACUGAUUCGGAAUAGGCUUAGAUUUGAUUGUUCAGACUUUAUGCUGGUUCUGGUUUGCCCCUUUGGUGUCUUGUAGUUAAGGUUGUUGAUUCACUUGAAAAUUGAAAUCGUCGUGUAGAACGAUUGAUACUUGAAGUUAUUGAUUAAAUAUAGUUGGAUAGCUUGCCUUGUAAAGUGUCUUGGGUUGGUUGGUUUGAGGUGUAAAUAUUGGUCUAAGCUUUCUGAUGUUCUAAUCAAACAUAUAUGUUCCCUGAAAUAUGUCUAUCCAGGCUAAUUACGGAACCAUGGAACUAAAUCUAAUGCAGUUGCAGAACCAAUAUUUGGAGUUCAUGAGAUCUGUUUAUCGCGAGGAGUUCCUGGAUGAGCAGUUUGCACAGCUUCAGAAACUGCAGGAUGACAGCAAUCCCGAUUUCGUGGGUGAAGUAGUUUCUCUUUUCUUUGAAGACUCUGAGAAGCUUCUCAAUAAUUUGUCCACUGCACUCCAACAACAAUUCGUGGAUUUUAAGCAGGUUGAUGCUCAUGUCCAUCAGUUUAAGGGUAGUAGUUCCAGCAUAGGUGCGUACAGGGUGAAGAACGCAUGUUGCACCUUCAGAAGUUACUGUGAAGAGAGGAACUUUGAGGGGUGCGUGAAAUGCCUACAACUUGUUACACGCGAAUACUACCUUCUGAAGAACAAGCUUGAAACUUUACUCCGGCUGGAGCACCAGAUAUUGAGAGCAGGCGGGACGGUACCAUUGCAUUAGCUGGCGGGGCAUUCAGUCAUGUUAGAUGGUGAUCUUGUUACAUGCUGCUGAUAGAACCAGCUCCCCCCAUUAACUGUAACAAUCAGAAUUCUGAUUAGAUCUUAGCUGUAAAGACCCAAGGUUUUGGUUCUUGCUUGGUUAAUUGGUUUUUCCAGCUUGAAGCCCAGCUUAUGAAUAGGAAACGAUAUUUGUGUCUAGAAAUUGUAAUGCUGUUUUGCAUGGAAUCGCAUGAUUUGAUUAGCAAACCAGGAAGAAGAAAAGUAAAAAAGCCAAACUGUUUAGAAGUUGUCUAUCUGCUGCCAUGUCCGCAAUGAGUUGGUCGUCUAUGUUUUCUUCCAAUCUCAGUGAAACAAUUCUUACAAUAAAAACAGUUCAACUGUGACAUGUCACACAUGCUUAACGUAACAAGAAUUAUACUUACAUACGAAAUAUGAAAUUUGUAUACCACCUACUAGUCUACUCUACUAUCACUACAAAAUCAGAUUAAAAAUUUUACA